AAGAAGAAUGAUGAGAAUACUAAACGGAAAAUAGAGGGGACGAAGAACAGUUUUGUGAUCGUUGAUUUAACUCUGUUACCUCAAAAUAGUACCAUUAUAUAUUGCUGCAUCAUAUUAGCUAUACUAUGACAGAUCCGCAGUCAGUGCUGUUACUCAGAAGACAGCUUGCAGAGCUGAACAAAAACCCAGUGGAAGGGUUCUCGGCAGGACUGAUCGAGGAUAAUGAUCUCUACAGAUGGGAAGUCCUCAUCAUCGGUCCUCCAGAUACACUGUAUGAAGGUGGCGUUUUUAAAGCUCAUCUGACAUUUCCAAAAGACUACCCUCUCAGGCCACCUAAAAUGAAAUUUAUCACAGAUAUUUGGCACCCUAAUGUUAACAAGAAUGGAGAUGUCUGUAUCUCCAUUUUGCAUGAACCUGGAGAGGACAAGUACGGCUAUGAGAAACCAGAGGAACGCUGGCUGCCCAUCCACACAGUGGAAACCAUCAUGAUUAGUGUAAUCUCUAUGUUGGCGGACCCAAAUGGGGACUCACCAGCCAACGUGGAUGCUGCAAAAGAGUGGCGGGAAGACAGACACGGCGCAUUCAAAAGGAAAGUUGCCCGUUGUGUACGAAAAAGCCAAGAGACUGCGUUUGAGUGAUGUUCAACAGGGAUCUAGCUUCAUGUUUUCAGGGCAAGUAUUCUCAACUUUAACCUUUUUCUAAAACCUUUGGUUAAAAAUUCUUCAGCAGUUCUGAAGUGGCUGCCUGUUGCAUCAGGUCAAUUGGAGUAAAACUAUUUGUGAUGCCGUUGAACUGUAAAGCAUUAUACAGAGAGGAUGCUCUGCUGUUCAGCCUACCCUCAUCGAUAUAGAUUGGAUGGACAAAACAAUAGAAACACGUUUCUUUAUAAUGUAAUAUAGUUAAACGACUCCAGAAUCUCUCAAAACUGAACACAUUCUAAAUCGUCAGCACCACAAAUGUUGCACUGCAAGUACCGUUAAGUUUAAUUCCACCGUUUAAUUGUUUUGACAUAAUCUUCACCAUUACAUUUCGUCACAGUGUAACUGGCCUGUCAUGAUGAAUGGGUUUGUAUUAUAGACUGUAUAUUUAGAUACGCGACGCAGCUCCACUUUCUCCCGCUGUGCGAGAAUGAAGCCAGAACGUCACGGAUACGGGAGCUGCCAGCUUUGGCACUUUUUAGGGAUGCACCGAUCCAUAUCGGCCGAUAUUCCCAUUAUCGGUUUUGAUCGGCGUUCUCAAAACGGCCGAUCAAAACGGCCGAUCAGAUGACGUAACAUCUGCGAGAACUAUCAGAGACGUUUCAAUCGCCGCGCACCUCAACGGAGACGAUGCGCCCGGCGAGGGCCGCAGAGUGAGAGGUCCACGAGGGGAUCCUCACCACCGAGCGGCGUCCCGGUCCCCCGAGUUGAAUCACUGGGUCAACUGAGCCGACUCUCACAUGUCUGCCCCUAUAGACUGAUGUUCACGGUAAACGCAUUCGAUCGGGAGCGCGCGAGGGUUUUGAUAAAGUUAGCGGAAGGAUUUAAGUGGCAACAUCCGGUUUUGCAAAGUUAGCGGAAAGAACCACGUGAAACAACAUCCGUUUAUCAAAAUAAGAUGACGACAAAUCAUACACUAGCAUAUAAAAGUAAACAAUGAACUGAUUUUGUAUCUUUAUAGAUCGUUUCUGAGAUUUAGCUUAAAUUAUGCUAACAUUAAAACAUUUUUACUAUACCAAGGAAGAGUUUAUAAAAAUAAGUCAGACUUUUGAAUGUUAAAAAAAGUCCUGUAAAUAGAUUUCUCCAAGAGUUCCAGGAAAUGAAUGAUGCAGAUGUGUUCCAUACAUAUCUGAAAUCCCCUACAAUAGCAAUCAAACAAUUUUAAUGUAUCAAUUAGGACAUUUUUCAAAGUAAAAGUCCUAAAUGUUUAAAGAAAUCGGUAAUUUCUUUAAUGUUUGAGUUGCUUUAUAUAUGUAUUUCCUCAUAGUCCUAGGCAAUAAUGCUACACAAUAAAUAGAAUGUUUCAAUCGACUCCGUGAUCGGUGGUCGGUAUUAUCGGUGAUCGGCAGAUACUGAUUUCAGUGAUCGGUAUUAUCGGUGAUCGGCAGAUACUGAUUUCAGUGAUCGGUAUUAUCGGUGAUCGGCAGAUACUGAUUUCAGUGAUCGGUGAUCGGCACCAAAAACCUGAUCGGUGCAUCUCUAGCACUUUUGAAGUUUAACUGAGUCCCUGCAGUGGUGAUUGGGCAGUGGAGCGAGACCAAAGUCCCGCCCACAUACGCGUCUGAACCAAUCGCGAGCCGAGCACAGCCGCAGCUCGUUUAUCAAUAGAUAAUCAUAGCUGUUCAUUAUUUUUGUUCCGCCCUCGUUUAAUGGUAUGUAAAAACUAGAACAAAUAUUGUUGCUACGAACACACAUCAGCUCAAUAAGAUCUCAAUAAAGUGCCAGGAAUUGUCUUUGUGAAGAAUGUAUUUGACAUUUCCUUGAUUAUUUGAUUUGGUCCCUCCGCUAACAUGGAGAAGGCUUUCUGACCUAAACUGCAGCCAGCCACCAAGAUCCAGAUGUUUUGGCUUCAAGGAGCUGACAUGACGUCCUACUUACUAUCCAGUCUAUGGCUUGUAUCGGUGGAAGUAGUUGCCUCACACUGUCAUCUGACUCUGGUGCAAUGCAACAGCUGUCAAACUAAUUAGAAGUAACUGAGUAUCAUAUACACUUUAACUUUUAAAUAAAACAUGCCCAUCCUGCUGGUUAAACAUGCUUUUUAAUCUUUUGUUUCCAUUUUGAUUAUUUCAUCAUUCAUUGAAUAAUUUGUUUUUAUAUUUGCCUUUGUUGUUGUUGACUUGUGCAACUAGUCUCUGGAUGCUCCCUCACAACUCUUCUCUGUUAUUUAUUAUGUGCUUCCCCACAGGUCUCCAAUUGAACAUCAACAUGGCAUUAUUUCCUGCACUCUUCCACCCUGUCGCCAGGCUUGUCCUCCUCUUUAUUUUGUGGCAGGAACAGACUGGCUGCUGUAGGCUGCAAUAGAACAUAACAGUGACUACCAAGGCUGACAGAAAACCGCCAAACAAGUGCCAUUUAAAAAAAGAAAGACAAACACAAAUACCCAGAAGAUGAUAAACAUUUUCCAAGUCAAUGAACUGCUUCAACAUUCAGGAAGCUAUUGUAAAGACAUGUAUAGAGCACAGACUAAACCGGAUAAUAUAUAAGCUCCCUUUUCUUCCAUCAAGACACUUAGACCAAAUGAAUAGCGCUGGUUUAGAUAGAUUUAUUUUUACAUUUGCCCCCUCUCAACUCCAGCAUGCAUUAGUUUUCUUUAGAUUGCUUGAAGAGAAUGUCUUAAAUAGAAAGAUAAUUGUGACGUUGGAGGAAUGUCACCUGUGUAGAGCCGGAUUGAUCCAAGUGAGAGAGGACUGACGUGACCAAUGAAGGGAAUACCGCCAUAUUAGAAAGACGACCGCUGUUCUUGCGGGUUCUUUCACACUCGGAACUCAGCAUCUCAUGUGUACGUAACUGAAUUGGUUUUCUUUUGAAUUCUUAACAUAUUGCUCAGUUGAAUCAAGAAAGGCAACAUAACCCCUUAAUUUUUGUGCAUGCUAAAUUUUGUUUUUAUCUUUUUUUCAAAAGUGCCUCCGAAUAAAACGCUUGGCUACUUCACCCCUGCAUUAAACAAGUGUUAAAAAGAAUUGUUUAAAAAAGGAAGAGAUGGAGAAAUUGUGUUCCAUCUCUCUAUGACUUUAUUUAAUAGCCAUUACACAGGGAAUAUGUAUAAUUUGGGUAUUGGUAACAAUUUGGUGUAGCAAUAACUUGAGUAUGAGGUGUACACAUUCAUUUUUGAUAUCCUGAUACAAUUUGAAGUCCUCUGAUAUUCCAUUAUUUUAGCAGCCGCUUUUUUACUUGUCUGUGUUGUCCUCGGUAGGAAUUGUUAUGCAUGCUUUAUUGUCCUUUAGUUUAGUUUUGUUGAAUGUUUCUGAGAUUUUGUUUGCGAACGAGUGUUUGUGUAUACAGUAUGUGUGCACAUUUUGUUUUGUUGCUCUUAUGCCCGAUUCCACAAUCUCACGAUUAUUCUGCUCACUGAACUAUUGCAGUUUUGCCUAAUGUACAAAGACAAAAUACCAAUGUAUAUUUUUCAUGUUAAGAAAAUCUGUCAACUGUAGUGAGUUCUUCUAAAAUAUGACAUUUUUUUCAAUAUUUA